AUGUCCGAAUCAGAUAUACUAUGUAUCGCGUACGAGAACGAUACUGGAUUCCAAAACUACGAGCUGAAGAGGUUGAUACGUUUGGAUCUGGUACCAGGAGUUUCAGCAGUAGCAUUCCUAAAGAUGUUACGCCGAUUUUUUGCAAGGAGAGAUGCACCACAGACCAUUACGAGCGACAAUGCUAUCACGUUUGCGUUAGGCGAUGUCGUUCUACUAGGAUGCUUCGAAACAGCAGGGAACGACCCGACAUGGCAAGGAGGUGUAUAUGAGCGCUUAAUCAGGUCGGUCAAGCUGGAAAUGUACAAAUCGCUAGGGAAAAUGACCCGUUCAAAGGAACAGUUGGGAACUCUUAUCAUCGAAAUCAAAGGCAUGCUAAAUACGCGACCUCUGAACAAGUUUGAAAUACCAUCCCUGCUUCAAUCAGGAGACGCCCAGGUAGACGAUCCCGACUAA